GAUCCGUGAGCCGAGAUGUCGGAUGGCCUCGAAGAAACUAGCGGACUCUCUCUCUCAUCUAUGGUCAAAGAAAUUCAAGGUCUGAAGGAUAAGUUUAAGCGCGAGGAUGCCGACUGUCCUUCGCCGUUUGCCGAUCUUGAAAAAGCCACAGUGUUACAAGAAUGCCGAGUAUUCUCAGAUGCAAAAGUCGUGACAGAAUCUCCAAGGAAGUGCUCGCAGCUUAUCACCAAACUUCUGCACAUUGUGACUCAAGGUGAUGCCAUGUCGUCAUCGGAAGUGACUGAGGUCUUCUUUGGUGUAACAAAACUCUUCCAAUCAACUGAUGCAUCGCUUCGAAGAAUGGUGUACUUUUUUAUCAAAGAGGUCGCAGAAACAUGCAACCCUGAUGACGUCAUUAUUGUAACCUCCUCGCUCACCAAAGAUAUGAACUCGAACGAAGAUUUGUUUCGAGCAAACUCGAUUCGGGUACUUGCAAAGAUGAUUGAUGCUACAAUGCUUGGUGCAAUCGAGCGAUAUGUGAAGCAGGCAAUCGUAGACAAGAACGCGAUGGUAUCGUCGUCUGCUUUAGUGGCCGGCGCGCACCUGAUUAGGGGGUCCCCGGAUGUCGUCCGGAGGUGGGUCAACGAAGUGCAGGAGGCUUUGCACUCUCCGUCAGAAAUGGUACAAUUCCAUGCAUUGUCAUUGUUGUAUGAAAUCAAGCAGCAUGACCGCCUUGCAAUUUCCAAAAUGGUUGCACAGCUGACCCGUGGUGCAAUUUCCAGCCCAAUGGCAACAUGCUUGCUCAUCCGAUACAUAACCGCAAUCUUAAAAGGCAGCGAUGUAGACAUGCUCGCCAGCGCAACUGGUCGCGCUGCUUAUCAAUUUCUCGAACUAUCACUUCGCCAUCGCUCAGAAGCAGUGAUUUAUGAAGCAGCCAAAGCUAUUGUUUCACUACCAGGUGUGGAAGAGCGCGACCUCGGCCCAGCUGUAGCAGUAUUGCAGCUGUUUCUGUCUUCGCCAAAAGCUACUCUUCGACUUGCAGCGAUGCGGGCAUUAUGUGAUAUAGCAAUAGCAAAGCCAGCAGCGGUCAUCAAAUGCAAUGACGAUAUGGAGUCUCUUAUCUCCGACAGCAACCGCUCAAUCGCAACAUUUGCAAUAACAACCUUACUUAAGACAGGCUCUGAGUCCUCUGUCGAUCGCCUGAUGAAGCAAAUAUCAUCAUUCAUGAACGAAAUUGCCGAUGAGUUCAAAAUUGUCGUAGUUACAGCAAUUCGUGAGCUUUGCCUCAAGUACCCUCUCAAGCAUCGCGUGCUUGUCGGUUUUCUCGCUAAUUUUUUGCGGGAAGAAGGUGGUUUUGAUUUCAAAAAGGCCAUAGUCGAUGCUAUUGUUGCCCUCAUGUGUGCAAUUCCUGAAACCAAGGAGUCAUCACUACUUCAUCUCUGUGAAUUCAUUGAAGACUGUGAGUUCACUGCGCUCUCAACACAGAUUCUCCACCUCGUUGGUUCCCUUGGCCCAACCGCAGCUGCACCCGCACGAUACAUACGAUUCGUCUACAACAGGGUUAUUCUGGAGAACGCAGUUGUGAGAGCAGCGGCUGUGACGGCGCUCACCAAAUUUGCAGCGCAGCUCCCGACGCUACGGGCCUCGGUAUCAGUGCUGUUGCGCCGUUCUCUGCGCGAUGAAGAUGACGAAGUCCGCGAUCGUGCAACACUUGCUCUUCGCCUUCUGGGUGACGAUCUUGUUGCUAAUACUACAGAAGUCAACUUGUUGCUUGAACCGUUUUCCAUGUCAUUUUCCCGGCUUGGAUGCGCCUUAAAUAAAUUUAAUGUGGCACACGGUCUCGAGGAAGAAGGGCUAGCAUUGAAUAUGACAACUUUACCCGUCGUCGACGAUAUGGGUCCUGCAGCUUCAGCCCAGAGUGCAAGCACUGCUAUACAUACGUCUAGCCCAGCAACAGAGGACGUUGCUACCGAGCUAUACAAGAUGCCUGAAUUUGCUACACUCGGCAAAGUGUUUCGGUCAACAUCACCAAUAGAGUUGACCGAGUCUGAGACUGAGUAUGUUGUCUCAGUUGUCAAGCAUAUAAUGGAUAAUGACCAUGUCAUUCUUGAGUUUCUUAUCACUAACACCAUUGCCGAUCAACUUCUGGUCGAUGCACGUAUUACUCUCGAAUCCACCGACGACGACAACGUUUACACCAUUGUGCAGUCCAUCAGUGCUGCCAAGCUUCGAUGCGGUGUGACGACCCGAUCUUGGCUGGUGCUGCGUCGGAACACUAGUGAGAGUAAUAUUUUUGCCGCUCAAUUUGUAGCCGAACUAAAAUUCCGUGUUCUUGAAAUCGACCCAAAUACUGCAGAAAUUGAAGGUGAUGAAGAUGGAUUUGCAGAAGAGUAUCCUUUAGAAGACGUUGAGAUUUCCACUAAUGAUUUUAUGGGCAAGGCACGGGUCGCUGAUACUGAUUUCCGUAGCGCAUGGGAAUCUCUUGACAGAGAUGGAGAAGUACUAGAAAAAUUUAGCUUGCAGUUCAAAGACCUAGAAAGUGCCGUCACCGCUGUUACAGCGUGCCUUGGAAUGCAGCCAGAAGACAAUUCUCAAACCAUUACUGAUAGAACAAAAGCGGGAGUACCCCAUAGCCUUCAUCUCUCUGGAAUAUUUUGGGUGGACGUUCGCGUCUUGGUCCGGGCCCAGCUCCUACUUGACGAAAAAGCGGGCUGUGUGCUAAAAAUGGCGGUGCGAUCACCCGUUCUACAAAUCUCGCAGAUAGUUGCCGAUUGCAUCAAAUAGCUUCCCACAUGGGGUAAAGACUUGCCGCUCGAGACCUUCCUAUGGCGGCCCAAAGGAAAUCGGGGGAGGCUUAAUCGCGACCAUCGCGCCUUCACUCGGACACAGGAAAUUUAUUCCGCCCCCCUCGCAUAUGGCUUUUCUGCUCAAAAAGCAAGGCGCUUUGCGCCUGGACGCAGCAAUGCUGGUGAUUCCCCGCGGGGGAAUGUUGAUAACUUCGGGUAUUGGUUUGGUGUCGGCUGUGAGCUGGACGUGGGAAACCCGGACAUCGGUAUCCCCCCCCCCCCGCCUUGGCAUGAGAAACCAUCCGGACUCAGCCCGCGAUUUGACGCCCCCUGGACGCCCCCGAACGCACCCCGAACGCGGGAAAUUCGACGCUUUCCAGUUCGGGCCCCACCCGCACCCCCGGCGCCUGAGUAAUGCCCCCAGCCGCG